UCCCAUGGCAACUGACGUUUCGUCGAAUGUACAACGGUCCUCGUAAAACGAUGCUCAGUGCAAUAUAGGAAACAAGCUUUAUUGCGUGUUUUCCAUUUAGUGUUAUCCUUUUAAUAUGUCGAUCGGCUGCUGAUUUAAUGUGUAAAGUGAGGUUUUAAUUGCGCACCAUGGCGGACUCCCCGCGUAGCAUACUCGUCCGGCUGGAGCAGCUGAAACAAUGGCAGGAGGAGCAACAGCGCGUCCUGCUGGAAAAGCAUCUCGCCCAGCAGCAGCUACUGGAACGGGAGCAGCAGAAAAUGUACGAAGUGUUGGGACUGCGGCAGCACUCGCUCGAUAAUGCCGGUGAUGACGGUGGUGGCGAGGAAUCGUACGCGGAAGAUGACAGCGAGCCGGAAUACGAGGAGACAAAUCUACAGGCGCAGCUAGCGUCCGAGCGAUUACAGCAGCAAGCGGCGUCCGGCAGGGAUGAUACGACCGUAUUCGAUUCGGAAAACGAGCAACCGACAGCCGAACAGGCGCAGGCUUUGCAAAAGAUGAAAAACGUCCCGAAAAAGCGUUUCUUGAAGCGAGGCGAAGGAUUGCGUGCCAGGUUUAAAGUAGAUCCGGAUAAGUUUAAGCUAGAAAAUUUACCUAAAUACAAAUUUGCUAACCAUAACAGAGAGAGAAGCAAUCGCAAGGGUGAACCCCGGCAGCAGCAAAGUGAUGGCGUUAGUUCGUGGGCUUCGAAAGCCUCUCGCGCGUUAGGCAGCAAGCAGGGAAAGGUGGAAGUAAAACAACCACCGGUCGAGAAAAAACUGCGCAACAAGAGUGACCAAGGCAUCGUGCUGGACAUUAACCGGGUGCAGGAUAAAAAGCUCAUUAGCACGCGACGCAUGGGUGGAUCACUUCCUACGAUCAAUGCCGAGGCGACUAAGCAAGACGCGCACACGAACGAGGCCGAUCAGCUGCUGGCUGACAGAGUGAAACGGUUUUCAGUUACAGAUAUGAUCGAAAAAAUAGUCGAAAAACCACCCGCAAAGCCGAAUCUGCCGUGGAAGAAAAGGCUCCUCGAUCCAGCGGUUCCACCCAAGGUGUCGAAAGAGCAGCGUGAUCUAAACUUUUUCGAACUGCUCGAGAAGAAGGUAGUAGGUAAGAAUUUUAGCCCCAACUCGAGUAGCAUACUCCGCUUUAUAGCGGCAAACGAGUCAACCGCGAACGAAGAAACGCUUACAAAUGACGAAAGUAUGUACGAGUCGACUGCAACCGGUACGGCACUGGUACGCCAGGAGGAAGUUAUUGUGAAGGAUCGGCUUUCUCCGCCACCAUCACGAGCAGACCUUAAGGAGGGUGACUCCGAUGAAAGCGAUGAUGACCAGGCACACGUUCACUUUGCUGAGGAUGGUUCAAAAUGUAGCGCGGGAGAGGACACGGACGUUACCGAACACGAGACGUACCACCGCAUGCAACGAAUUACGUCUAGCAAAAUGUCCACACCAAAUGAUAAAAUGAUUACACGUUCUGAAUCGCACGAACAAACAGGCCAAGCUAGCGAAAGUGACGAGGAGGAGGAGGAGGAGGAGGAGGAGGAGGAGAAAGGGCGGACUAAAGAAUGCGCUGAAGACGAUGACGACGACGACGCAACGGUGGACAGUGCCAAUGGGCAGUCGGAAACCGAGGACACAACGGUGGCGGGUGUAAACGUUGACGAUACCCUUCGCAGCGAGAUCCUUGCGAAGAGCGAACUGUUGAAGCAGCGGCUGACCGAACUGGAACGGGAAAUCGACAACUAUCGACGCGAAAACGCGGAGCUUAUACAGGCCAAGCAGGAGCACGAGCUGGAGCGGCUCAAGCUGCAGCAGGAACGGGAAGAGCUGGAAGAGCACAUGAAUGAUGAGCGCAUCAAGAUGGAGGUCUACUUUCACGACGAGCGUAUGAAGAUCGAAACGGAACGGAAGCAAGCGCUGCGCGAAGCGCAGAAACCGAACAAAAAGGACCGGGAGGAAAUUCUGCGCCUAAAUGAGGAGCUGGCGGAGAUGCGCAAGCAGCAGAAGGAGCGUGAAGCAAAGCACAGUGCGUCGUUGGCGCGGUUUCGGGCGCAGCUGAAAACGGUAGAGAAAGAGUUGCAGGAGGUGCGGCUGGAGCUCGAGGUGACAAAGAAGGACAACCGGCGGCUCGAGACGGAAAAUACGCGCCUGAAGCGGCAAAACAACAGUCGGAUGUUGGUGGAAAUCAAUCGCAACAUUGCCAAGCUGGCAGCCGGCGGUACCGAGUCCGCCGCCGAACGGCAAGAGUCCAAAGAAGUGAAUGCAGCCGCUGCGCAGGAUAAAUCUAAAAGAGGCUUACAACCGAACCGCCCUAAAACGCAACAAGUUGGUGAGUCGAAGGUAAGCAAGGCGUCGGUGCAGGUUGCGAGGGCAAAGGUUACAAGCCAUCCGCCGAUGCGGGGGAAAGUUACAAUGCGUACUAAAGCUGUCCGCAUUUUGGAGCAGCAGGAAGGUUUGAGUUCCGAAACGGACGAAAAUAAUGGAAAUAGGUUUUAUGCACAACAUGAUUCCUCUGAUGAUGAUUCCGAUCGUCCUGUGAAUGGAAAUAAGAGUACCGAAGACGAGGGCGAUGAUGACGAUGACGAGGACGAUUACGAGGCGAUUGGUGAAAAUUCCAGCUCGGCGCAGGAUAGUUCUGCAGUGCAGUCAUCGUACUUCCCUAAGAAUCCUGCCGUACGCAAAACGCUCUUUAACGCGGUAAACCUAAACGAAGAUGCGGCUGUACCACGGCAAGGCUUGGUGCGCAAAGAAAACCCGCUCACCCAGUGUGAUCUACUCGACCGGACACCGGAAGCGGCGGAGAUGAUAAAGAGCAUGAAGCGUGAAAUCGUGAAUGCGGACGGCAGUCGGGACAUUUGGUAUCCGAAUGGCAAUUUGAAGAAAAUAUCAGCGGACGGAUUGAUCAUACGGAUGCUGUACUUCAACAAGGACAUCAAGGAAACGAAUAUGACCGAGGGUACGACCAAGUACUACUACUUCGAGACCAAUACCUGGCACACGACCUAUCUGGAUGGGCUGGAAAUACUAGAGUUUCCUGAUGGCCAAACGGAGCACCGUUUUAAAGACGGAUCGACGGAGGUUCACUUUCCAAACGGAUCUAUACGCACAACGAACCCGAACAGUGCAGACAUAGCCGAAGAGUGGAAGUAUCCAGACGGUACGACGGUAAUCAUCCGCAAAAACGAUGACAAAGAGAUAAAUCUACCGAACGGGCAGGUUGAGAUCCACACCAAGGCCCACAAGCGGCGCAUCUAUCCAGAUGGGACGGUUAAGUUCGUGUACCCCGACGGCAGCCAGGAGUCCCGGUACUCGAAUGGACGCAUCCGGUUAAAGGAUAAAGAUGGCCGUUUGAUAUCCGACACUGGUGGGGGACCUUAAGCAUCAACGUGACACACCGCGGUGACGAGAUUUAGACGAGAAAGUGCAAAACCUCCCGCUGGAU